AUGGGUUCUUCAAAGAUCGUUCUCCUUUCGAUCCUUCAUAUCGCUGGAGGAGCAAAUGGUUGGAUCAUACCAAAUUCUAGUAACCAUGAAGAUGUGUUUGACCAAUGGGCUUCCAAGAACCGGUUUAAAAUUGGCGAUACAAUCCGUUUCAAGUACAAGAAAGACUCUGUUUUGGUGGUAUCAGAAGAAGAGUACAAGAAAUGUCAAACGACUAAACCGGAAUUUUACUCGAACAAAGGUGGUGAUACGGUUUUCAAAUUGAACCGGCACGGUUUGUUCUAUUUCAUAAGUGGUGUCUCAGGACACUGUGAAAAGGGUCAGAAAAUGAUCAUCAAAGUCAUGGAGGUUGAAUCUCCUCCGCCUUCUUCUUCUCUAUCGGCUUCGACACACAAAAGUAACAAUGCCGUGAAGAAAACCACUCGGUUCGUUGGUGCUGGUUUAGUUGCAUUUUCGACUCUGGUUUUGACAGUUUUUAGUCUAGUUUAG